AUGUCAGAAGUUGUAAAGAAAAUGUUAUCCAAUCCUCAGCAUUUAUCUUUUCAGUUGAAACUGAAAAAUCACCCCAGCUAUAAAUGGACAGCUAUCAGUUUCUUUGUUCUUGUAUACGUGACAUUAAUCUCUUCAACUGCUGGCCCUUUUACAAUGAAACGCUCUUUAAUAGAUUCUCUCCAAUCAAAAGGAAAUUAUAUCAACCUUUUAACUCUAACAGAACCAAUCCAAAAUGAUUUAUACUUCAAUCCAACUCAUAUAUCAAAUAUUGAUUGUGAUUACUGGAGAAAUUCAUAUCUGAAUGCAUCUACUGCUAUCAACUCAACAGAGUCAUCACCAUUGUAUCUUACACCUCUUCUACCGAUCAGUUUUAUCGUUGAAAUGAUCCCAUAUCCAAGGUUGACAUCAGGACGAUCAUUCUUCUUCACUCGCCUGGAUAAUUAUAAUCGUAUACGUUUAGCGAUAGGAAUAAAUCAAUGGGGUAAAACAGGAGAAAGUAUGGAACUUUGGAUACAUCAUGAAUUAUUCUAUAGUAUUGAACCAACUCCAAGAAUUUCUAGAUAUUAUACUGGAUCAGGUUUAGUGAACCAUGCUGGUCUUGUUGUAGUACCAUUACCAAAUUAUCAGUAUGCGAAUCAAGCAAAACCGAUUACUCUAAUUAUUGAAAUUACAGAUGUCUGUGUUAAAGUGUUCAACAAAUUUAACUCGUUCAAAAAACCGCUCUACCAAAUUUAUUAUCGACAAAAUAUUAAGUAUCAUCAUUUACAUGGAGAUACAUUUGAAAAUAAAUCAGAACAAGCAUCAAUGUUGGAUAGAUUUUAUAUUCUGUCUGGAGGACCUCAUCAUGGAGAUCAAUUUAUGGGAUUCACGAAACAGUUGAAAAUGUUUUUCACUGAAUAUGGUGCUAGAAAAUACUCUUCCGACAACAGCCAUUUCAAAUCAUGUGAAUAUGGAUUAAGCCUAGAGAAUAUUACAAAUGAAUGGAAGAAAUUGAAUUUGUUCGACCAAUCAAACCAAACAGUUAAUCUAAGCAGUACACAAAAAACUUCUGGAAUAUAUGUCAAUAAAACAUCGCCAUCAUCGUUAUUGAAUGGAGAAAUCUUUUUGAAUUCAAAUUUACCGCUAAAUUCAUACAUUAAAACAAAUCAAAAUGAAUUUGAAUCUUCUAUGGCUGUUGAAUGUAUUCAAUAUAAUAAUUGUACACAAUUGGAUUUAGCUGGACUACGAAAAUCGGUGUCAAGUGAAGAAGAAGAAGAAGACAGGGCAUCGUCGAGAGGUGGAGGCGUGGUGGGAGGUGUGAGAAAGGAGGAUUCCGAAGAGGGUGACUUGUUGACGGACGAUGAUCGUGUUGUUGGCGAUGUGGACAAGGCUAGGAAGAAGACGGUGACGGGUGGAGAUGGACAGGUGUCAAGUGAAGAAGAAGAAGAAGACAGGGCAUCGUCGAGAGGUGGAGGCGUGGUGGGAGGUGUGAGAAAGGAGGAUUCCGAAGAGGGUGACUUGUUGACGGACGAUGAUCGUGUUGUUGGCGAUGUGGACAAGGCUAGGAAGAAGACGGUGACGGGUGGAGAUGGACAGGUGUCAAGUGAAGAAGAAGAAGAAGACAGGGCAUCGUCGAGAGGUGGAGGCGUGGUGGGAGGUGUGAGAAAGGAGGAUUCCGAAGAGGGUGACUUGUUGACGGACGAUGAUCGUGUUGUUGGCGAUGUGGACAAGGCUAGGAAGAAGACGGUGACGGGUGGAGAUGGACAGGUGUCAAGUGAAGAAGAAGAAGACAGGGCAUCGUCGAGAGGUGGAGGCGUGGUGGGAGGUGUGAGAAAGGAGGAUUCCGAAGAGGGUGACUUGUUGACGGACGAUGAUCGUGUUGUUGGCGAUGUGGACAAGGCUAGGAAGAAGACGGUGACGGGUGGAGAUGGACAGGUGUCAAGUGAAGAAGAAGAAGACAGGGCAUCGUCGAGAGGUGGAGGCGUGGUGGGAGGUGUGAGAAAGGAGGAUUCCGAAGAGGGUGACUUGUUGACGGACGAUGAUCGUGUUGUUGGCGAUGUGGACAAGGCUAGGAAGAAGACGGUGACGGGUGGAGAUGGACAGGUGUCAAGUGAAGAAGAAGAAGAAGACAGGGCAUCGUCGAGAGGUGGAGGCGUGGUGGGAGGUGUGAGAAAGGAGGAUUCCGAAGAGGGUGACUUGUUGACGGACGAUGAUCGUGUUGUUGGCGAUGUGGACAAGGCUAGGAAGAAGACGGUGACGGGUGGAGAUGGACAGGUGUCAAGUGAAGAAGAAGAAGACAGGGCAUCGUCGAGAGGUGGAGGCGUGGUGGGAGGUGUGAGAAAGGAGGAUUCCGAAGAGGGUGACUUGUUGACGGACGAUGAUCGUGUUGUUGGCGAUGUGGACAAGGCUAGGAAGAAGACGGUGACGGGUGGAGAUGGACAGGUGUCAAGUGAAGAAGAAGAAGACAGGGCAUCGUCGAGAGGUGGAGGCGUGGUGGGAGGUGUGAGAAAGGAGGAUUCCGAAGAGGGUGACUUGUUGACGGACGAUGAUCGUGUUGUUGGCGAUGUGGACAAGGCUAGGAAGAAGACGGUGACGGGUGGAGAUGGACAGGUGUCAAGUGAAGAAGAAGAAGACAGGGCAUCGUCGAGAGGUGGAGGCGUGGUGGGAGGUGUGAGAAAGGAGGAUUCCGAAGAGGGUGACUUGUUGACGGACGAUGAUCGUGUUGUUGGCGAUGUGGACAAGGCUAGGAAGAAGACGGUGACGGGUGGAGAUGGACAGGUGUCAAGUGAAGAAGAAGAAGACAGGGCAUCGUCGAGAGGUGGAGGCGUGGUGGGAGGUGUGAGAAAGGAGGAUUCCGAAGAGGGUGACUUGUUGACGGACGAUGAUCGUGUUGUUGGCGAUGUGGACAAGGCUAGGAAGAAGACGGUGACGGGUGGAGAUGGACAGGUGUCAAGUGAAGAAGAAGAAGACAGGGCAUCGUCGAGAGGUGGAGGCGUGGUGGGAGGUGUGAGAAAGGAGGAUUCCGAAGAGGGUGACUUGUUGACGGACGAUGAUCGUGUUGUUGGCGAUGUGGACAAGGCUAGGAAGAAGACGGUGACGGGUGGAGAUGGACAGGUGUCAAGUGAAGAAGAAGAAGACAGGGCAUCGUCGAGAGGUGGAGGCGUGGUGGGAGGUGUGAGAAAGGAGGAUUCCGAAGAGGGUGACUUGUUGACGGACGAUGAUCGUGUUGUUGGCGAUGUGGACAAGGCUAGGAAGAAGACGGUGACGGGUGGAGAUGGACAGGUGUCAAGUGAAGAAGAAGAAGACAGGGCAUCGUCGAGAGGUGGAGGCGUGGUGGGAGGUGUGAGAAAGGAGGAUUCCGAAGAGGGUGACUUGUUGACGGACGAUGAUCGUGUUGUUGGCGAUGUGGACAAGGCUAGGAAGAAGACGGUGACGGGUGGAGAUGGACAGGUGUCAAGUGAAUUAGAAGAAGACAGGGCAUCGUCGAGAGGUGGAGGCGUGGUGGGAGGUGUGAGAAAGGAGGAUUCCGAAGAGGGUGACUUGUUGACGGACGAUGAUCGUGUUGUUGGCGAUGUGGACAAGGCUAGGAAGAAGACGGUGACGGGUGGAGAUGGACAGGUGUCAAGUGAAGAAGAAGAAGACAGGGCAUCGUCGAGAGGUGGAGGCGUGGUGGGAGGUGUGAGAAAGGAGGAUUCCGAAGAGGGUGACUUGUUGACGGACGAUGAUCGUGUUGUUGGCGAUGUGGACAAGGCUAGGAAGAAGACGGUGACGGGUGGAGAUGGACAGGUGUCAAGUGAAGAAGAAGAAGACAGGGCAUCGUCGAGAGGUGGAGGCGUGGUGGGAGGUGUGAGAAAGGAGGAUUCCGAAGAGGGUGACUUGUUGACGGACGAUGAUCGUGUUGUUGGCGAUGUGGACAAGGCUAGGAAGAAGACGGUGACGGGUGGAGAUGGACAGGUGUCAAGUGAAGAAGAAGAAGACAGGGCAUCGUCGAGAGGUGGAGGCGUGGUGGGAGGUGUGAGAAAGGAGGAUUCCGAAGAGGGUGACUUGUUGACGGACGAUGAUCGUGUUGUUGGCGAUGUGGACAAGGCUAGGAAGAAGACGGUGACGGGUGGAGAUGGACAGGUGUCAAGUGAAGAAGAAGAAGACAGGGCAUCGUCGAGAGGUGGAGGCGUGGUGGGAGGUGUGAGAAAGGAGGAUUCCGAAGAGGGUGACUUGUUGACGGACGAUGAUCGUGUUGUUGGCGAUGUGGACAAGGCUAGGAAGAAGACGGUGACGGGUGGAGAUGGACAGGUGUCAAGUGAAGAAGAAGAAGACAGGGCAUCGUCGAGAGGUGGAGGCGUGGUGGGAGGUGUGAGAAAGGAGGAUUCCGAAGAGGGUGACUUGUUGACGGACGAUGAUCGUGUUGUUGGCGAUGUGGACAAGGCUAGGAAGAAGACGGUGACGGGUGGAGAUGGACAGGUGUCAAGUGAAGAAGAAGAAGACAGGGCAUCGUCGAGAGGUGGAGGCGUGGUGGGAGGUGUGAGAAAGGAGGAUUCCGAAGAGGGUGACUUGUUGACGGACGAUGAUCGUGUUGUUGGCGAUGUGGACAAGGCUAGGAAGAAGACGGUGACGGGUGGAGAUGGACAGGUGUCAAGUGAAGAAGAAGAAGACAGGGCAUCGUCGAGAGGUGGAGGCGUGGUGGGAGGUGUGAGAAAGGAGGAUUCCGAAGAGGGUGACUUGUUGACGGACGAUGAUCGUGUUGUUGGCGAUGUGGACAAGGCUAGGAAGAAGACGGUGACGGGUGGAGAUGGACAGAGUGAAGCUCAACAAAUUGUGACUAUCCAUGUUGGACCAAAAGGAGAUACAGGCCCGCAGGGUCCAAUUGGUCCAAUCGGUUCAAAAGGUCACUGUCCAGAAACAAUAUGUCCUUUGAUUGAUUUAAGUCUUUUCAAGGGUGUUCAAGGUGAUCCCGGACCAACAAAUCAAUGUUGCAGUUCAUGCAAUGCUAUCAAAGGAAUUACAGGCGAAAAAGGAAUAAGAGGGCCUAAAGGCGAAAUGGGAGAUAAGCGUGAAUUAACAUUCAUGGAAGCCUUACAACUUGUUAAGUAUACUUUGGAUGUGACACCAAAUGAUUAUUUCUCAAAAGGUCCAAAAGGUGAAAAAGGCGAGGUAAUAUUGAGAAGAUUUAUUCGAAAAAUACGUUCACAGAACAACAGCAAAUUACAAAGACUUAGACGGGAACAAAUGCAUGCAAGACAUUUCAACUUUCGAGUUUAUAGAAUACAGGAAAAGCGAAAUCGUAUCAAACGUUCAUCAUCAACACCUUCUACAGAUCAAUCACAACAUCGUCCAGAUUUAUUUUUCACAGGAUGGAAUAAAAUGGAUACAGGAAAUCAGAAAAUUUUAGGCGUUAAAAUAAUUCACAAUAUAAAUGAAUUGAAAACAAUUGGUACAGUCUUACCAGCUGGUGCUUUAGUUGUUAGUGAAAUGCCAUCAACAGUAUCAUCGAAUAAAUACACAUUUCAAUGGGAUUCACAAAUAAAUCAAUUGAAUUCACUUGGUUUAUUCAUGAAAACUGAAUAUGUUAAUAAUACAUGGAUAAGAGUACCUGUGAAAUUCGAACGAGAAAUUACAUAUGGCAUUCCUGAACAUACUGAAGAAAGGCGUGAUAAAUUACCUCAUAAAAGAGAAUCACCUCCUUCAUUUGAUAGUACAAGAUAUAAAGAAAAGAUUGUAUUUGCAUUUCAUCCUAUACCGUUUACUGGUGGAUCUUUCUCUGGUUGGCAUGGUGCUGAUGCUAACUGUCACCAAACUGCUUUACAUCGUCUUGGAAUUCCACGAUUUAAAGCAUUUCUUGUAGAUAAAAAUUUUCCAGUUGAACGUCUUGUAAAAUGGCAAUAUCAAAAUAUUCCUGUGAUAAAUUUAGAGAGUCAAAUAAUAUUUCCUAAAUGGAGAGAUUUCCUCUAUGGUGUUCGUUCAAAUGUGAAUGUACCAUUCUACGAUUUAAACGGGAUGCCUGAUGUUCAAAGCUCUGCAAACAGAAGCUUUUGGCUUGGAGGUGGAGUAAAUUUUGGAUGCGAUGAUUGGACUUCUAGUUCCCCUAUGAAAUAUGGUCUUGUAUGGUCAUUUGAUUAUUUAACUGGAGAGAUAAAAAUCAGCUAUGCAAAGUGUAAUUCAUACAAUUAUCUAAUGUGUUAUAAGCUAUUACGCUUACCAGUAGUAGCUUUAUAA